UGGUCAUAAGGGUCAUGACCACACCCUAUAGCCUAAGAGGCUAAACGGUGUUUGUUUUUUCGUUAGAUCUUAAGACAGGGACGUUAUGUUGGUGGGCAGUUUUCACAAAAAAGUCAUGCCUUAAAACCUAUUGCGUCCCCCAUUUUCUUUGCCACCACCGAUCACUAACCCUCUCAUUGUCCUGUCGUGAUCCUCCAACAAGCCUCUAACGACUAGAACCAGUGAUUCGUAAAGUACCACCGAGUACAACCCACAAACUCAACUCUAGCGAGUAAUAAAACUCCCAUUAAACCACAUCUAGUAUUACAAAUCUUGCUUUCUUCCGUCUGUUAGCUGAUCAAAGAUUUGAUCACGAUUAACAGUUCAAGAUUUGGGUUCCAAUAACAAAGCCCAACAUUGUAAGCAAUUAUCUGUUCACGUAAAAAAGUUGCCCACCAACUGCUCGAUGAAAUGCCCGAAUGAGAGUGACCAAUUUGUUUCAUAAUUAUGAAAGCAUUUAAACAAGUACACCAUCAUUAUCCGGUUCCAAGUACUCUCAGAGUCAUAAAUUUUACUAGAGUUUUGCAUAUAGAUGCAACAUCUGAUCACUCAUUAGCCGAACCGCUGUUAAAUCCCAUAUCGUCUGAGUGGUGUAUAAGAGCCUUCCCAAAACUAAUCAAGCUGACCCAUUUGCUAAAGGGAUUGGAUUUGAUCAGUGGAAGAUUAGUUAAUGUUGAGAACAAAUGUGUUGUUGAUGACGAGUUUCUUAUGCUGAGCAUGCGUACUUUUAAGUCGACUGGCGCGUCAUUUGUUAUUCAGAACACGCGUACAUGUGUCAACAAGCCCGUCUACAAGGAACCAUUCAGCGUUAAUUCUCUCAAGAAAAUAUGUGACAUGUUAACUGUAUCCGCUCAAAACAGGAAGUUAGUCCGUCUAGCAAUAUGCCCGCAGGUCACACAGCACCAAAUAUGGACGGGUGCACUUAUGGAGAUUCUAAAAAAAUUAGGAAAUGAAAUGAGUGUUAAAAAUUAUGGGUGCAUAAACAUGGGUCAACAAAUAGUGGUCAACUGUCUUAGGUUCUUGGAUGAUGCUGUAUCGUAUGAUCCCGACUCAACGUCAUGGAUGCGGGUCGCGCCCAAGAAGGAUGCUGACUCAUCACCUCCAGCCAAGUGGGCAGAUUUUCUUGAGAUGUUUAACGAUUUAAUCAAAUGUUUGAAGAACGAUCACGAGUUUCUCGUUUAUGUCGUAAAGCUCGAGAUCAUGAAAGAAGGGUUGUCGCAGAUAAAAGACGUUUUGGUAGAUAAGAAUAUUGGAUACAAAGACGGUCUGCAUCAAAAAAGUUUGGUUAAGAAGAAAUUGACUAAAUCGUUGGGUCAUUCGUCGCAAUGUCUGUUUACGCUUUUAACGUAUUAUCUGUACGGGAGUGUUGGAGAUAUUGAGGUUGAUAUUUGUUAUUGGUUUUCCGAGGGGGGUAAACUUUAUUUGUGUGUAGGGAAGAUUGUGACAUCGGAUGAUGAUAAAAUGUUGUUGCAUGUGUUUAAGCAGUUGGAUCGGGCCCUUAGAGUUAUAAAGUUUGUACAUGAAAUGGCGGAAGUGAAAGAGCGUUUGGAGCUUCAGGGUCAUCUAUGGUGCGUAGGGUCGAAGAACAGAUCGUUUGUUUACAGAGGACACAACAUCUUCGUUCAUGGAAUUGGUCUUUAAUGAAAGAAUAAUCGAACGCAAUAUUACAUGGUCAUGUGUUAUUCGUUAGUGUAAUUUCUUCUUAUUCGAGAAAUAUAUUUUACUUUGGCUUUCA